AUGAGUGAAAGGUGGAGGAAGGUUAUCGCCACAUAUAUGCAGAAUGUGAUGAUUUCACAGCCCACUCAGCCACCUACACAUCCACCUACCGGGUUAUAUCCUUCACCAUCUGCUGAGCCAUCUCCUUUACAUGUACAAAUACCUACUCAACCACCUACUCAGUCACCUACUGGGACAUAUUCUCUUUUUCCAUCUCCUUCACAUGUACAACCACCUACUCAGCCUCUUGUUGGGUUAUAUCAUUUUUUCCCUUCACCAUUUGCUAUGCCAUCUCCUACACAGCCCACUCAGCCACCUGUUCCAUCAUUUAUUCAACCAUUUGCUGUGCUAUCUCCUACACAGCCCACUCAGCCACCUAUUCCAUCAUUUGUUCCACCAUUUGCUGUGCCAUCUCCUACACAGCCCACUCAGCCACCUAUUCCAUCAUUUGUUCCACCAUCUGCUUCACCAUGUGCUGGGACAUCUCCUGGGCCGUCUCCUGGGCCAUCUCCUGAGGUAGCUGCUUCACAGCCCACUCAGCUACGUACUCCACUAUCUGGAUUUUCCGACACUCAUUCUCCUCAGCUGAAGAACAAGGAAGCUGAAAAUUUUGUUGAUCCUUUUUACAGGAAGGAUGUUUGCUUAGCAGCAUAUGCAGGUUCCAUUCCACCAUUAGAAGGGGAAAGACAUUGGCCAAGGGUGCCAUGUGAAGUACAACCCCCUCCUAUCAAAAUAGGUCCAAGUAGACCUAGAAAGAAUAGGAGGAGGGACCUUGAGGAAGACCUUAAGAAGCAUGGGACUUUGAAGAGAACUGGAUCUGAAAUGACUUGUAGCCUAUGCAAGGUGAAGGGCCACAAUAAAAGGAGGCGUCCAAACAGGGACACCAUAACUGUGCCUGAGCCCGCACCUAAAAAACCUAGGGGGAGGCCUAUGAAGGAUGGCCAACCACCACAAGCUACAUAUCAACCUACUACAAACUCAACUCAUCACAAUGCAACUGCACAACCCUCUCAGCUUGGCAGAGGGGGAAAAAUGGUCAGAAGUGGAGUUGGUUCCAGGGGAUGUGGAAGAAGAGGCAGGGGAAGGGGGAGGGUCCCAGUUGGUGUGAGGGUGUUCAUUGGGGAUGAUGGUUCACCCAUUCUCAAUCCUCAAUCUCAAAGAGGAGCUCUUGAUAAAUUUAUUAUAAAAGAGCCUCAUAUUCAUGUUGAUAAUCAAAAUAUUGAGAAGCUAAAUGAUGAAAUUCUUGAAAAUGAGGUUACUAACGAGAAUGUUGAUAUGGAGAAUCAAAAUGUGGACUCGGAAAAUAGAGGUGAUGUGGCUAUUGAAAAUGAUAAUUUGGAUAAUUAA